AUGUCCUGGUGGUUUGCCCUCGGCGUCGGCAUAGCGCUUCGGCUCGAAUAUUUGGCGGCUCGCUACACGCUCGAGUCGAGAUACCCGGAAUGGUCCAACAACAAGCGCCGAAUUUUCGCCGUUCGCGUCGUAUCGUGCACCCAUGCCACACUUUCUGCCCUGGGUUGCCUGUGCAGCCUGCUGCUCGACCCGAACUUUGUUCAAAGCCCAUACGAGUACAGCACCGAUGCGGCGGCCUACGUGUUCCUCUUCUCCAUGGGAUAUUUCCUCUAUGACUUGGUUGACAUGUACAUUCACGGAGAGCUGCCCAACUCAAAGGAAUACUUUGUACAUCAUUCGUUGGUCAUCAUCGCGUUCUCGAUCAUCCUCUACACGGGUAGACUUUUCGGCUUUGCAAUGAUCGGUCUACUCGUUGAGGUGCAAACGAUCUUCCUCCAUUUACGAACGAUGGUCCGUCUCCUCGGAGCGACACGUGAACAUCCGAUGUAUUCCGGUCUGAUCAACCUCAAUAUGAUUUGCCUGUUCCUGUUCCGGCACAUUCCCAUCACCUAUCUGAUCUAUUUCCUGUGCAUCCAGGAUUAUAAGGUGCCAACGGUGUUGAGGCUUUUCUUGAUCGGCGGUCUCGUCUUCUUGGAAUACCACAACACUCACUUGACUGUCUCGAUGGCAAAGACCGACGGCUUCUUCGGAUUCCCCGGCGUCGCGUCACUUGACGAAGACAGUUGCGACCCCCUGGGUGCCGUCAAUACCGAGAAGCCGAAGGCGGUGAAGCCUCAGCACGCCAAGGCAAAGAAGAUCGAC